AUGGCGCAAAAGAUUUUGGAACCUUUCAGAAAGUUGCCACACCAAUUCCAGAACCUUGAAAUAGUUAAACGACUGCAUGACUAUACUUUGGGCAAACACGCCGAUGAGUUCUGCUGCCACCAGACGUCUGUUUACGGGUCUUUAGAAUCUCCCAGUGCUAUUGCCUUUGAUGAUGUCUUAGGUUUAUUGGCAGUAGGAACAAGCAAGGGAUUCCUUAAGAUAUAUGGGUCACCGGGUGUUGUUUUCACUGUCCAACGCGAAGGUUGUUCUAUUACCUCCCUUCUGUUUUUACCAGGCGAGGGCCGUAUUGUUUGCGCGUCAAGUGAUGGAAUAUUGAACCUCUUCGAGUUGGACUCUAGUCGCGGAAGGUGGUUGCCAUGCUGUCAUGUUGAAAUCCAGCAGAGCACUGAACAGGAUCGUAUAACGUGUUUGGGCCUCGGUAAUGGUGUCAUAUACAUUGGUUCUGCCAACGGUACUCUACGCCAGGUUGCGAUUAAAAAUGGUCGUAUGAUGUCAGGAGACGAGGCACUUACUGCGUGCACCAGUUCAAUUAUUAGUGAAAGUGUUCCUGUUGAUAAACGAGAUCAAUUGGGGUUGACUCCCCAAUCAUAUCACUUGAGGGGUUGUGUAGCAGUAGCCGUUCCCCAACCAAUCCCGGCGGAACCUGUCAAUCAGUCAGUCACCCCUGCUGCUGGUGUUACUGCUCCCACUGCCCAAAGUGAAGUUAUCACCCCAAAUGCUGAUGACGAAUUGGUUCCAUCUGUUCCCUUGGGGCUGAAAGAAGAUGCGUCAAGUAAUAAAGUUGUGGCUGCUGAGGAAAAGCCCCAGUCCACUUUGGAUGAUAGUGCUGCUGGUUCAACUCCCAGCACACCUGCGAAGGGACAUACUGAGAAACGAGCAACUUUAAAAUUUAAGGCAUUAACACGUAGCUGGAGACCAUCCGAUGCAUCGAAAGUUGAAAAAGAAGUUGAGCCUCUAUUACCUGUGCCACCAGCACCGCGUAUUAGUCACUUACUGCUUCGUGAUCAACCAGUUGAAUGGGCCUCAUGGCGUGUAACAUCUACAGACUCUCUGUCUACUGAAGUUGUUGUUGCUUACGGAGAUGGGGCAUUCCAGAUUUGGCCUAUCGUUGCUGCUGUUAGUGAACAACCUUUUGAACCAAUAAUCGUGUCGAUGAUAGAUCCACCAAACACUCCGUAUGGCCCCCUACCUUGUGGUGCAAUAAAGAAAAUACGCGUCAAUCCAUCUGUGAAUGGUAGUUUACUAACGGUGUUUUGUGGUGGUUUGCCACGUCCUCAGUUUGAGAAUAGAUACGCAGUAUCUGUUUUACAAGAUCAUGAACAUCAUGUAUGUUAUCAGUUUGGAUCGAAGAUUAUUGAUUUCGUGCUUAUUCCAAGUGAGGGAAGUGUAUCAAAUGAAGUAGGCCCCAGUGAUUAUAUGACGAAGCCCUCUGCACCAAGUCAUUCUGCCACAUUGCUGGUUCUAACUGAACGUGAACUGGUCGCCGUUGAUCUAACUCAACCGGACUGGCCUACCUAUGAUUCACCUUAUUUAAACUGCAUAGAUUUCUCUCCAGUCACUACAGUCACGCAUAUUGGACAGGUACCUUCAGUUUUAAUUCAGCGUUUGCAUCAAGCUGCUCAGAUAAAUACAGAUGAAAUUACUAAUUGUCCUUGGCCAAUAUGGGGUGGUAAUAAUCCAAAUGGAGCCAAAAAGAAUUUAGCGCAGAAUUCUGGAAAUGACGUUAUUGCUCUGGGUCAUGCUAAUGGAUGGGUCACUCUGUGGGCUAUUGGUCGGGGUGACACCACGAUUCAUUUGGGAACAAUACCAACGUCCUCUUUGUUCAACCUUGCAGACUUACAGAAUGGUCAGAAGUGUGGAAAUUCGGUACUGGAGGAAGAAACUUGGCCACCUUUCCGACCAGUUGGCUAUUGUUCCCGAGCUGAUCGUCAGUCACUUGAAAAUUGUGAUCCACGGUUAGCAAUCACACAGUUGCAUUUAUUACUUGGAAGUCCGAUACGAUCAGGUGUUACUGGUUCAGUUGCACCCGAUGCAUUGACGCUAGUUGUUGGUGGUGCUGGUGGACAAGUGAGCUUAUGGGUUGCUGGUUCAGAAGGAUUUUUACAUUCCCCUGAGCUCAAUUCAUUUGAACCUGAUGUAUCUAGAGUAUGUGUUAACCUUAUCGACCAGUCAGAUGAAAAUAAAUAUGUCUGGAAAGAUGCUUCUGCUCUUCGACCUGUUGAAGGUAUACCUCAAUAUUGCACACCAACUGGGCUAACAUUCCAUCCUUGUCAUCUUAUCCAACUGAACCCUCCCAGUCAGAUUACAUCACUUGCAUUGGAACUAUCUUGGAAUUUACUGGCUGUUGGCUCUUCUUAUGGUUUCGUUCUGCUCGACUUAUUUAACCGGUCUAUAAUUCAUACAUAUUUUACCUACGAUCCAUCAAGCCCUGCAAAGAUUGUUAAUCCUGUUGCAACCGUACAAAAUGCAUUAAUGGCUCGGGGAAAACAAAUUACAUCAACUAUGAGACAGUCAUUUAGACGUUUGAAACAUCUCCGAACUUCAACAGCCGGUGGCGAGAAGAGUUCAAAUGAGCCUGUAUCAGUUGAUGCACAACAGACCUCGAAGCAAGAAGAGAAAAAUUCUGAAAUCACACCACCCAAAAGUGAAAAUGAUGACAAAAGCCAACCAGAAGUGACGGAUGAAAAAAAAGAAAUUGAAGGAACGUCUGAAGAUAUCACAUUCUCCAACCAACCGACCACAUCUGAACAGCCAGCGGUGCAAAACCAAGAAACAGUGAUAGAUACCUCUGAAGUUGAUGUUGCAUCUGAGCCUACUCAACUAAGCCAUGACGAUAUGUCAUCAGCAGUUCGAUGCCUCCUAUUUUCUGCCACAUACAUCCUAAACGAUCGAUCACCGAGUCAAACAGGAGAACGUACUCCUUCUUUAUGGAUUGGUACAAGUUCGGGUAAAGCACUGGCUUUCAGUUUAUCAUGGAAGGGUACUGCCGGACCUGUCAAAGCUGCACUGUGCAAAGAAUUACAGUUGCAUCAUCAUUCUCCUAUUGUAUUUUUGGAUAUCGUGGAUACAAUUAAUCACGGUCCAGUUAUGCAUAGCCAAGCUUACAGGAAUUCUUGCAUAGAAUCCGAUGACAGCAGUGAGAAGCAAGCAUCUGAUCAACCUUCUGAUGCUGCUGUUGAAGUGCCAUCAGAAACGGUUAAAGACAACGGAAAUACUACACCACCUACAUCAACACAAGAUUUACACCAGUUGCUUCUAUGCUCUGAAGAGCAGGCGAAACUGUUCAGUCUACCCUCAUUACGUGCAGUUUAUAAACACAAAUUCAUUGAUCGUCUUCGCAUGCUUGGCAUGUCAAUGUCAUCUGGUACAGGUUCGAUUCCAAAGGUAGAGAAGGAAGUGAAUGAAGAAGGUGAUGUUCCAGCGGGUGAAAGUGAGAUUACCUACGUUAAUGUUAGUCAGAUCAACCGCAAACGUGUGACAGGAUUCGGCCUACAGAGUUUUGCUACUGGAACUGGUGAAAAUGCUAAACUGGAAUGGAAUGCUGUUGCAACACUGUUAGAUGGUCAGAUUGCUAUAUUAUCCCUUCCUAGCCUUCGCAAGGUGUUUAAAGAACGUUGUUUCCCAAGUUAUCUCACUUCCGCAUUACCUUUUAUUGCCACACGCACAUUCAACACACAUGUGUUUUGGUCCAUGGGUUCUCGCCUCUUAGUGUCUGAACUCACUCCUGUUCCGUCGCUGAAUUCACUUGCAGUUCCAGUCAACGAUGUUUUAUCAGAUGAUUUCAUUCCUAUACGCCUACCUGACUGGUGCAGGACCCGUAAAGAAGUUCCAGUUGAAGGUGAAGAUGCGAAGACCUCCAAUUUGUCAAUGACAGUUGAAUCACGCCGGGGUUCUAUGGAUGUGGUAAGUGAAACAAUUGAUCAAGCUACACCUGUAGUGGAGGAAGAGAUUGUGGCCACUACUAAGCAAUUGUCAGACACUACAUUGGAAACUGAUCAGAAUGUUGGAGAUGUAACUUUAGACUCCAUUAAAGAGUAUUUAAAUGGUACUGAAGGAACAAUGGUCGUGAAGACAACCGAGUUGUCCAUGGAAAGCGUACUCUCGUAGAAGGUGGAAAAAUUACCACCACUGUUCAUGAAGUGGAGAAAAUUGAUGGUAAAGUUACGAAGGACGAUGUUGUCAAGAUCGUUACUGACGGUGAACCUGAAGUAAUGAGUAUUGCCGGUUAGUUUAUAACUAAAUAAUUGACUACACUUAGAUACAUUUAUUCUUUAUAUAAUAUCUAAUUCGUGUAUUUGAAUGGUUUUGUAUUUAUAUGCAGUGGUAUUGUUUUUUUAACUUCUCUGCAAUGACUUCAUUUCUGUUUUUGACUUGCUUUUAUGAAAGAAAAGUUGACAAAUGUUAUAGUCGCGGGUGAACGCUGCUGAGGAGUCCCAUGCUAGGACGAAACAGCUGUCCAGUGCUCCCAGGUUUCCAUUGCUCCUCCAACUGAUGUCAGUCUACGAUGAACAACAACUUGAAAUAUUUCCAAAUCCCCAAAACUCCCUCAAAAUGUUAUUAAGUCUGACUGUUUGUGCCACCAACUCUAAACCGUAGUCCACGCUACUUAAUGUUUGGGUGCAACAUAUAAACGAUACUAAGUGGAUGUGCAUGAUACAGCUUACUAGGCCUUCCACUUUUUUCCUGGAGGAGGUGUGUAGUCCUAUGACCUCGAAAUAUAGUAACUAAUCCUCCAUCAGUAGGGGAGCUGAUGUAAGUUCCACCUUUAGUACCGAACCAUUCACCACUUAUAUCAGGUAUUCUGGAGAGCUAUUACCUUUAUCAAGCUGUGCAUUUCAGUGGAUUAGUAUCAGAAUGGUGUAUGAUAUUGCUGAGUAACAGCAUAGUAUACCGCACCUCGCACUAGUACAAACAACGCAAAGCAAAAGACAAGGAAAUAGAGCUUGCACAUCCAGAAACGAUAGAGAAACAAAGAACAAAAUAAGAGGGGAUAGAGAAAGCAAUGAAAUGCGAUACAACGUCCAAGAUAAAAAUGAGGUGUGAGUGCGUAUGUACCACGGCAAUAGAUUCCUAGCCAUAUCGUCUACUCUCUAAUUUGUCGAUCUCAGUUGUCGUACAACUUUAAACUAGGAAGUUUACACUUCUAGAUACCUAACCUCUAUCGUGUUAAUGUGAUGGUGGCUCUAUAAAAAGGGUUCUAGGCAAUAGUUGUCUGAUACGUGGAGGGUUCUUAUGCUCACCUUUAAUGACUAGGUUUCACAGCCAUAGAGUAGCAUAUGGUCGAAAUUUUAAGCUGUACACCUACGAAGUAACUAGCAUUCGUUUGUAUGUCCUGUCUCCUUUUACACAUUUUUAUUAGCUCGAACUUCAAUUUUAUACUCUUCACCUUCCUCUUUGUAUGCUUUUGUGAAAUGUAGCAACUUGUAAUAAUGCUCUGGUGCUCAAGGUUUGGGUGCUAGUUGACUACCCUUUUCCGUGUCACAGGAACUUUCAGCCACACUAAAAUCCUUCCUGAUUACUGUCGGUGGUUUUGACUUUCGUAAAGUCUACUCAUCCUAUUAUUUUCGCCUUGCACACCUGAGGCUUAAUUCAACUACAAUUAUCUAUUAAUCAAAGGCUCUAUGAGACACUAUCAUGUCCUGAUAAGCCACCCUUAACGUGAUCCUCAUUUAGCUAACUUUGUUCAGAUAGCAUAUUAAUGUCUUGGCUCAUGGAACACAUGUCUCGGUUACUAUGAUUAAUGAUACGCAGUUGAGAAGCUAUUUCUUGGCAGGCCAGAUUAGAUUAACAAGGGUUUUUUAAGUAGUUGGUUUAUUGAUAUUGGAUUUUUGUACGUUCGUAUAUUCCCAGUGGCUUCAGGGGUAAAGAGUUCUCACAAACCGAUUCCGGUUUAUGAGACUGAAUUAUCUAACAGUCCAUCGACAAAAAAGAUGCAAAUAGUAAUGCAGAAAUGAAUAGAGGAAGUAAAAAUUAAUAAGGAGGUAAAGAUUUUAGGAAGAUGAGUGAAUCCUUCCGCUUCUAAGUUGCGACAUCCAGGACCAGCAGUCACUGAUUACUAACAUUUUGUAGACCCAAGAGUAAGAUAACCUCCACUUUCACGUCGCCUGGAAUAAGAAAUGGUAGCUUUGUGCAUUGACACUACAUCUCGAUGUAGCUACCUUACAACUCAAUCAGUAUCCAUCUUUGCGAAUUCGAGUAAGUGGUGUUGUGAAGUACAUGCUACAUGUCCCAUCCACUUUGGUUUAUUCAGGUAUCCGGCAGGGAUGUCCACUGUCACUGUUCUUACUUAACUUCGUCUUAGACGUACCAAUGAACAACCCUAUGUACGUCUGACUUCACAGGGAUCGAUCUACUCCCUGGAUGUCAUCUGAUUGACUUGGAUUAUGCAGACGAUAUCGUCCUACUGAGGGAAGACGCUGACUAAAUGUGCUGUCUUCUGAACGUGUUGAUCAUAAAUCUGAGUAUAUUUGACAUAUGUUUGGCACCUAUCAAAUGUGAGAUGAUGCUCCAGGCAUGACUGGUCUUCUACAAGUACUCCCAACUUAGUGGUAGGGAGUGAAGUAGUGAAAUUUUUCGAUAAAGGAGGCUCGUUUGUGACUUGCCAACUUGCAUCACCUGUGGCGCCAACUAGCGAGAUAUCCGAGUAUCUAUCAGAGGACGAAUAUUCUGCUCUGCAGUCCGUUCUGUCCUGUUGUACGACUGUGAGACAUGGUCGUUAGACAUAAGACAUGAAGUGGUUGUAGUAUUUUGAUCAUGGAUGUCUUCGUAGUAUUGUUCGUAUGUGAUGGAAUGAUUGUGUAAGGAAUGUUGUAGUCAGGCGAGGGAUACUAGGCAAGACAGGCUGGGACGUCGAUUGACGAGGUUGUGAACCUUAUUCGACUGAGAUGGUUUGAGGAUGUACUGCUCAUGCUGAACCGCUGCCUACUUCAAUGUUUCGUGGUAGGGGAAGUUGGAUUAAGUUGGAGAGGGUUGGGGGUGUCCAGAGCAAGACGUGGUACUGGUCGAUAAAGUCCCUGACUGUUUGUCUGAGUGGUGUUGGGGGGAUACAAACUGCUUGGUUGAGUUCGUCGAGACGAAAGGAAUGCGUGGUUGAUGUCUAUUGGUGACAUGCAUGAAAAUCGGUGAGAACGUUGAAGAUGUAUUCACUCCUUGACAUCUUUUGAAGCCUGAAUAUUCCCACUCGUAUACUACUUUGAUAUCAAUCUUUUUCUAUCCAUCUGGUCUUUGUGCACGACUAUGAAGUGUGGUAACUCGAUCCGAUGCCUCUCUGCAAGGUUCUACGUUGAUCUUACCAGUUAGGUUUAAAAAUAUCACUUUCAUAAAGAUUCCUUCAUAUAUGCGCCUUUACGUUAUGUCUUCAUACAUGAAACAACAGUUAUUGCUACUUAAAUUGGUCUGAGUGAAUUUAAUUUUAUCCUUUAUUCAAUAAUUAGCCUUUAAAAUCAAUUCGUUUCUUAUUCAGUGGUCCAUUUUCUGUUUCUUCCACAUGAACAAAUCCAACCACAAAUACCUAUCGUAUAGUGUGUAUAUUGCCUAAGAAACUUUUUAGUGCAUUUAUCUGACCGACCGCAAAGGUUGACACUGAGGUCGUUGAAACGAAACAUUUCUUUGCUGAUGAAAAUCUUGUUCUUCUUAUUCAUUAAUAAAAAUGGGUAUGUUUCGUCAGUUAUUCAGCUUUUGUCAACUGUGCUUAUCUGAUGUAGACAAACUGGUAUCGCUCUGCUGCAGGUGUCGCAUGAAAACAAAGUGAAGUUAUUUUCAUAAUUUUUGAAAUAGUUCGUUGUUUAGUCACUGGUGAGAAGUAACAUUUCAGUUUAUAACGUUGUUACCUUCAAACGCUACUCCCUUUAAUUGUUUUGAAAUCUGUUUUCUUUUCCGAAAACAUAGGCACUGCUUAAAUCGUCUGGAUGCCACUGAAUAUCAUCCAACUGCACACAAAAUUGAACAUCAACCAUGGAGAAGCAGACUUUGCUCUCUAGGAUUAUUUUAUUUUCAUUAUCGUGAUGUCCUGUUCAUUUCAUAGACAGUAAUCGCUUUUUAUUCCUCUCCUUUUCAGUCAAAAUCUGACAUUUUAUACUUAUUUAUGUUUUCUCCUUAAAUGCAUAUGAAUGUGUAUUUUGCGUAAACUGUUUCAUUCAAAUCUCAUGCUAUCUUAUUCUUCCGUACAGGUAUUACCGCUUUCUACUGCUUCACAUAUAUUGCUUACAUUCUAGUCGGUUGUCCACCGGUGGUCAUCACUAUUUGACAUUCUCGCAUCCUGUUUUAGUGUUUUGUGUGCCUUUUUGUUUUGAACUUUCAAACUAAUUCAUAUUCUAUAAACGCCUAUCUUUUAUGUCAUCCUCUUUUGUUAUUAUUUAAAAGUCUUUGCUAAGGGAUAAAUUUCAGUGUUUCAAUGCUAUUAACUGCACUCCUGUUUUGUUGAGGAAAAUUCUUUUUUGAUCUGUGUGCUUUAAAUAUCUGUUUUGUGGGAUUUUUUAUCCGUUUUUUUCUGCCAUUUAUGAUUGCAUUAUUAUACUACCUACUGUCUUAUUCGAUCACGACGUUUAUGCGAACUUGAUAACUUCAUCACUGCAAUGUCAUGUGUGUGGGUAUGUGUAUGCGUUCAUUCGUUCGAGUUUGAUUUGGGGGAACCAGCUACGCUUCAUUUUACGCGUAUGCAUUUUAAUCCAUUGUUAACGAAUUAUGUAUCAAAUAAGUGUUAAUUCAUUGGUGUUUUGUGCCUCUUCUAUGUCGCCGCACACAUUAAAUUCUUGUUUCGUUUUACUUUCAGUUUUACAAAAAUACUUCAUAUGUGUUUGUUUGUGCUUCAAAGGCUUGUAUAUUGUAUACCUGUUUUUUAUCUGUUCCCUUCGUUUUGUUUUGAUCACUUUACGCACAUGGUUGUUUUUUCUGUUCUAGUUCGAUCUCGCGCAGCACAGAUGCACACAGAAGAAAGCAAUGUAUAUGCAUACAAGCAUAGGCCAAGUUCUAUGUGAAGUGUGGUGCUUGUUGUGAUGACGAUUAUGGCAAAACAGUGACACUGAUCAUAGUUUACUUGUCAACCUUUUCGUUUCUGUUACUUAUUGAAUGUGUGAUUAAUUGUCUUGGUUUUUAUUCGAUCGCAUUAAGUUUCAAUCGGGCAUGAACGUAUACUUCUAUUAUUAUUAUUAUUACUGGUACUAUUAUAACAAACAAAAUUUAAUUAUUAUCAUUAUGAUGAUAACCAUAUACGUGAAUAAACGUUCAUUGUGUCAU